AUGACAGCUCCAGCUGUGACAUUUGUAGAGGAUAGCCGUCAAGACGAAGUCAUCAAAGCGCGUGACACAAACAAGAGGUUGUUUCAGGCUUUCAAGGACGAAGCAUCAAAGUACCAGACAAUGAAUAUCUAG